AUGUCCAUCCCCUCGAGAGCCUACCGAAUCGUGCUCCGUUUGCUUGUCGUCGUCGGGCUGUUCGCGGGAACCUUUAUACUAUUCCUACGAUACCAAUGUCUUCUCGGUGGCUAUCCAGGUGUAUAUGGCGGCUCGUGCUACAAGAGGCGGAACUAUGUGUCCAAUGAUCUUGAGACAUACACUCGCGAACCGUAUAACCCACCCCCGCACGUCGAGGUCGUCAUGGUGUCCACACCGCGGGAGCAGGCAGCCGGGACGACGGACUGGAUGUCGAACUCGAGCUUCGCGCAGAUGACAGGGCUGCCAAAGACGCACGUCGACGUCAAGAAGUACGUCGCUGGAGACGACAGCGCCGAGUACCACCCCCGAUUCAACAAGGGCCACGAGGUCUCCACAUACCUGAGCUACAUCGUCGAGAACUAUGACCACCUUCCCGACAUCGUCCUGUUCAUACACGCCGAGGAUAACGCCUGGCACGUGGAGCCUCUGCUGCUGGGAUCCCUGUCGUACGCCUUGACGAGGCUGGACCUCGACCAGGUGCGCGCGCGAGGGUUCGUCAACCUGCGCGUCGGCUGGAGGGGCGGCUGCCCGUACGGCAUCAACAUGACCGGCACCAACAACGGCAAGCUCGUCGGUCAGGAGGCCCCCUACAUGUACCAGGCCUGGGUCGAGAACUUUGCGCCGCUGGACAAGACGGCCUACUUCUCCGUUCCCGAGGUCGUCGCCGCCCCGUGCUGCAGCCAGUUCGCUGUGACCCGCGAGACCAUCCAGUCCAAGCCCAAGGCGCAGUACGAGCGCUCCCUCAUGUGGUUGCAGCAGACGAGGCUGCCCGACUACAUAUCAGGUCGGGUCUGGGAGAGGUUGUUUCAAUUCCUCUUUGCCGGCAGGGCGCGUGACUGCCCGGACGAGAGGAAGACGUACUGUACCCUCUACAAACUCUGCCUCGACGCGGACCAGUGGCAGGAGUACAAGGCCGCGGAGGAGGAAGACGCGGACUUGAGGCUGGCGCUACCCAGCGUGUGGAGCGUCGUGUGGAAGCUGCAGGUCACGAGGCGCCUCGCGCAUCUUGGCAGCACGAUGAGGAGGCUAAGGCAGCUGGCGCUUGUCCAAGGCCAAAAGGGGGAAAUGCUUCAGCCUUUGACGCCCUUGAAGAAGUCUGGGCUGCUGAAGAUGUUCACGCCCUGA